AUGUGUCUCAGUUCCACCCCGAAGAGCUUGAAGGUACACCUGGACGGUCGCGAACUGACCAUCGAGGGAAAGCAGCAACACAAGAGCGACAACAGCUUCAUGGAGAGAUCUUUCGUUCGCACAUGGACCCUCCCAGAAAGUGUUGACCUUGAUGCCAUCCGUACGCAGCUCAACGACGCCGGGCAUCUAUCCAUCGAGGCACCGAAAACAACUGAAGGCGGCAGCCAGCGUCGCACACUGCCCAAUUGA